AUGGGCCCUCGGCGCCUCCUGUUGGUUGGCGAGGGGAAUUUCUCCUUCGCCGCGGCUCUGAGCAGUACCCUGGGUCCGAGCACUAGCCUAACCGCCACCUGCCUCCCGAGCCUGGUCGACUUGGCCCGGGAUCCAGUGGCUCGGGAGAAUCUGCAGCGCCUGCGCGAGCGAGGUGCGGAGGUACGUUUCGGUGUGGACUGCACCCGACUGGCAGAUGCCUUUGAACUGCACGACAGGGGAUUUGAUCGAAUUUAUUUCAACUUUCCACACUGUGGACGCAAAGCUGGAGUAGCUAAGAACAGGGAACUGCUUGCAAAGUUUUUCCAGAGCUGUGCAGAUGUUCUUGCAGAGGAAGGAGAAGUCCAUGUGGCAUUGUGUAGAGGACAAGGUGGGACUCCUGCUGAUAAGCCCCAGAGAGAAUGGCACAACAGUUGGCAAGUUGUUGCCAUGGCAGCUCUGGGGGGGUUCAUUUUAAGUGAUGUGCAUUCCUUCAGCUGUGAGGCUGUGCCAGGGUACAAAUGCACUGGAUAUAGGAGUCAAGAUAAGUCCUUUCAUGUAGAAGGUGCUUUGAAUCAUGUCUUCACCCGGAGCUUACCCUUUGAAUGUUCUCAACCCAGAAUCUUCAGGAUCAAACUAGGUGACCAGUGGUUUUCCUUUCCAGAACCAGAAGCACUUUCAGGAAAGUUGAACAGGGGUUUCCUGGAAGCACCUUCAUGUCAUCCUAUCAAAACGAUAAAUGAGAAACUCAUUGCUGAAUUGGGCAAAACUUUCCCUCUAAAAAGGCUGAAGUGUUCCUUCCCCUUGCUGCUCCAGGGAGGCAUCAGUGUUCUCCCUUCCUGGAACUGUGACAUUCUGUCAACUGCCUUUUGGAUUAAUCUCCGUGAAGAUAACUCCAAUUCUGAGUCCCUGACUGGUGGGACAACACAAGAUAUCGAGGACUUUUUAGUGUCAUUUUCACAACUUAGCCUUCUCAAGGGUCCUGGAAGAGAUGGUAAAGAAGAAGCGCGUGAAGGAAUCUGUGGCCAGACCAAGGUCUGCCUUAGACCUUCUCUCCUAGUUCACAUUCAGGCUGUCAUCCAAGCACCAGACUUCCUCCCAGGUUCUCUGCACAUCCUCAGUGGACCUGUCUUUCAAAAGUGCCGCGUUUUGCCUUUUACAAUGCCAGUAUUUCAUGAGAUUUUACUUAUCCUUGGGUUUAAUCAAAAUCUGAAGGAUGGCUGUCUUCAGUCACUGCUGGAUCACCUGAAGGGCAUUCUGGAUAGCCUUCUGACCCAGACAAUGCUGGAGGGCUCUAAGCUGAGUAGUUCAGUGGGAUUUGUUCUUCAACCAAAUGGAAAAGAUUAUAUGAUUUGUGUGGAGGUUCAUAAUUUUGGUUCAGAUUGUGCCCAGGACCUAAUUAUUGGGUCUGUCACCACAUCUGCUGCAAGCAUUACACAUGAAGACCAGUGUUUUGUGUUUGUGUCUAUGAACUUGGACUUACUAGCCAUGCUUGUGUGGAGUAUCUCUGACUGGAGAAUAUUGUGGACCUUUGAUAACCGUUUCCUGAAAAAUUUUGUCCUUGAGAAAAUGGAGCCCUUUAACAGCUAUUCCCUGUAUCCUCCAUGUUAUGUGCAUGAUAUUAGUUUUUGGUUAGAUGAGAAGAAAGGAUUUGAUGAACUUGAGUUUCACACUGUGGCCCGAGCAGUGUCCCAGGACACUGUCGUAUCUAUACAAUUCCUUAGUCGUUUUCAGCAUCCAAAGACUGAACAGAUUAGUCUCUGCUACAGAUUGACUUACCAGACCUGUGACAAGGCCCUCACCCAGCAGCAGGUAGCAUCAAUGCAGUCCCAGUUUAGGAAGGAGAUUGAACAACGACUACAUGUUACACCUCGGUAGUUUAGUAAAUUUUUUUCUACAGUGUGAUCCUUCAUUGGUGUGGAUGUGGGUAAGAACGACCAACUUGCAACCAGUAGUCCUUUCUGGACUAUGUUUUUUUAUUUUUUUUUUGUAAAAUCUUUUACUUUACGACUAUAGCCACUGUUGGUUGACCUU